AUGUCUUUAUCUACCGAUAUCUCAUCGCCGUUCAAGGUGCCUGCAGAGGCAAUGGCCAUGCUCGAGCACGAUGAUGCUUUUCAGGCCCUCCGCCCACGCUGCUCGGAAUUGGGGUACGUCGGGCUUUGUCCGAGCACGAAACAACAGUCUAACAACAGCAGUCUCUGUUCAUUCCACAACGAAGAAUGCAGCGAACAACAGCUCGCCGUCUUCCAACUGCACCGUGACGUCAUCUACACCCUUCUACAGCCCCUGUUCGAGAUACACAACCAAGCAACACAAAUAGCCACGCGCGUUCUGGGCAGACGACAGGGCGCUGAACCUGAACGAGCCUUCAAGGGCGAGGCCCGGGGUGCAUUUACCUGGUUACACUGCAUCCUGACCGAGGAACGUGACUUCUGCCUGGCACAGGGAUGUCCCGCUUGCAUCGUUUCGCAUGUCCUUUCUUCAGAGCCAACAAUUCGCCUCGUCACGGUGGCCUGUCUUUUGUGCGACUUUUUAUCAUCUUCGGACUUUGCAGAUUCGAAAUCCAACAAACCUCAACGACCGGACUUCAGCUUCUGGUUAAAGGCAAUGGAGACUGCCGUGCGCGAAGAUCCGCUCUGGGGCGAUGCAUUCUGGCCCGAAAUACAACACCGUGCCGAAAGUCUGGCAGUCGAUAUUAAGUACUUGAUUAUGCAGUGUGUCGAACUCCACAAUCCCACGGAAUUACAGCGCACAUCUUCGACGAACACCAGUAGCAGUAGUGCCAAGUCGUCUUGCUCUAUGACCAUGCGAUCAGACCGACAUGCAUACCGAGUUCAUGUGCGAAGUAUCCCUGUCCAACCAUCGGCUCUGGCUCGACGACAGCUCAACAUGAUGUGGGAAGAGCAAGAGCUCGUUUCGAAAUUCCUCCAAGGAUACUGGAAUCAGUUAUGCUGGAGCGACCGUCGACAGAAGAUGCUUGAAUUUGCUAAGACGGGCUCACUAUAUCUUCCACAAGGGACUAUCUAG